AUGACAGCUGGUUCAGUGUGUGUCCCUCAAAUCAUACCCCUGCGGGUGCCUCAGCCAGGAAAAGCCAACCAUGAAAUUGAUAACAAUACGCUUUUGGAAAUGAAAUCAGACACCCCAGAUGUCAACAUAUAUUAUACCCUGGAUGGCAGCAAACCUGAAUUCCAAAAGAAAAUUGGUUAUGGUGAAAACACUACCUUUAAGUAUUCGAAGCCUAUUACCCUGCCUGAUGGAAAAAUACAAGUUAAAGCUAUCGCAGUCACUAAAGACUGCAGAGAGAGUGCCAUUGUCACAAAGGUAUUUCAGGUGGACUCUGUUCCACCAGAUCCAGUCUCUCCAGAAGACACUGUGGAAAAUGCUCUCAAGGACCCUCCAAAGCAGGAACUGAAAAAUGGAUUUGUUGAAUCAAAAGGAAGGAAGAAAUAUAAGAAUCCUGAAAGUAAACUGGGUUGGAAUGUUAACCUCGGAAAGUUUCCAGACAUGGGUGAAAGAAGUGACCUUAAAACAUUGAAAGACCUUCGCUUCUCAGAGAGUCCGCGGGAAGCCCCUACUUUCCGUGAUGAAUUGGGCUCUAGACCAGCCCCCCAGCAGCCCCAGUUCCCUGGGUUUGCACACAUAACUGGCCAAAAGAGCUUGACAAGCACAGAGAUCAUGAGGAUUCACAGGGAGACGGACUUUCUCAAGUGUGCCCGCUGCCUGGUGGCCCGCCCGUCGGACCCCUUUGCUCGCUACUGUCUGGAAUGUGGCUCCUCUGUGCCUCCCAUCUUCGGCUGCCGUCUGCCGCCCCCAGAAGGAGCUCAGAUGGGCCUGUGCACAGAGUGUGAUAACGUGGUGCCCCUGAACACACCCAUCUGUGUGGUCUGUGAGGCUCCCCUGGCACCGCAGCUGCAGCCACAGGCCAGCUUCCGCCUGAAGGAGAGAGUGAUCUGCCGCGACUGUGGCACCGGGAACCCGGCUCAGCUGAGAUACUGCGUCUCCUGCGAGGGGACCCUGCCGUCCUCGCCGCAAGAGCUUCUCUGUGCCUCAGCCACCCCAGGCCAGGUGCCUCCUCCUCCACACCCAGGCAGAAACCACUUCUUGGGACGUGGGUCAAAGCACCUGCUUAGCUGGGCUUCCCUGGUGGCUCAUGUUCCGACUUGCUACUCAGUUUGCUUUAAAUGUGGGGCCAGCAAUCACCCAUCUGCUCGCUUCUGUGGCUCCUGUGGCCUUUAUGUGAGGUCCUUGGCACGACCCUACGUGGAGAGCAGCCUGGCUCUAGCUGCUGGAGAACUUGGCCUGUUUGCUGAGCCUCGACCUGUCUGGCAGCCCCUAAAUGUUCCUCUGCCCAGGCCUGACGCUGGGCCCAAGAGGGAUGUGGGCACACAGACCACCGGCCUGUUCUACCCGUCGGGGACCCUCCUGGCGAAAAAGGAGCUGGAGGUGGCUUCCCAGAAGCAGAGGCAGGAGAAGACGAGUGACCACAAGCCUCUCCUCACAGCCGUCAGCCCGGGGAGAGGAUACUGGAGAAAGCAGGUGGACCACAUCUCCGCUCACCUCCGGUCUUAUGCUCAGAACAACCCCGAAUUCCGAGCCUUGAUUGCAGAACCCAGGAUGGGAAAGCUCAUCUCUGCUACUGUUCAUGAGGAUGGCUAUGAAGUCAGCAUCAGGCUGAAUUAUAUUCAAGUCUCAAACAAGAACUUUUACCUGAACAAGGCGAUGAAUUUCAGCGACCACUUCCUGAGCAGCAUCACUGAGGGUGCAAACGGGCUAUUUGGCAGCGGGUCCAGCUUGGUGAGCGACUACAGCCAGGGCGCUCCUGACACCGAGGAGAAAGUCGCCAGGACCAAGAAUUUCAAGACCAAACCCUUUCAAGAGAAGAAGCAGCAGCUUUCGCCUGAAGACAGGCUUCUGCUGAAGGAGGUUGGACCCGCAGGGGAGGGAAGAGCAUCUGUGAUGGAGCAGCUGCUGGAUGAGGGAGCCGACCCCAACUGCAGUGACAACCAAGACCGGCCUGUCCUGAGCCUGGCGGCCAUGAACCAACACCACGAAGCCAUCCCGGUUCUCGUGCAGAGAGGAGCAGAUGUGGACCAGCAGUGGGGCCCGCUCCAAAAUACAGCUCUUCAUGAAGCAACUCUGCUUGGCCGGGCAGGAAGGGAGUGCAUCGCUGCCUUACUGGGAUGCAACGCCAGCAUCCAGAAGAAGAACACGAGAGGCCAGACGGCGUAUGACCUGGCCCUGGAAACUGGGGACGAGCCCGUCACCUCGCUCUUUGCUGCUAAGCUUGGCCUGGAUGAACGCUAA